AAACAAAUUAACAUAAAAUAUCCAUCAAAAUGGAUAUUGUCAAGGAAGUUUUAGAGAAACAACAGAGGGAGUUGGAAAAAUAUAAACCCAUUACCGUAGAAAAACAUUUGGAAUGUGAACUGGAUGUGGGUACAAUGUUGAUCACAGAUCCCAAUGAUUUGGAUGAACAUGAAAUGAAGGAGAACAGAGAAAACUAUUUGUUGAAUUUAACCCGUGACAAUACUCAACUUUUAAUAAACAGUAUUUGGGAAUUGCCAACAGAACGCGUUGAUGAAUGCAUUGUUGCCAAAUUGCCAGAUCCAGUAACGACACUACCUCGCCUGCGUAAGAUACCUGGACCCAAACCCAUGACUAAAUGGGAGAAAUUCGCCAAAGAAAAGGGUAUUACCAAAAAGAAUAAGGAGAAGAAGGUGUACGAUGAAACAUUGGAUAAAUGGGUUCCUACAUAUGGCUACAGACGUGCAGAUGCCGAAAAACAAAAGGAUUGGGUUUUGGAAGUUCCACAAAAUGUAGACCCCAUGGAAGAUAUGUUCCAGAAAAAGAUUGAUUUGCGCAAUGAGAAGGUGGCAAAGAAUGAAAUUCAACGUAUGAAGAAUAUUGUAAGAGCCAGAAAAGAGGAAGUACCACGCAGUGGUUAUUUGGGAGCAGAAGCUGCCACUUCCACUCAGUUGUUGACAGCAGUGACUGUGGCUAAAUCUUCAACAGCCUCUGUUGGUAAAUUCCAAAAUAAACUGCCUAAAGAAAAGGAGGCCCGUGGUAUCGGUGUAAAGGAACUCAUCCCUGGAUCCAAACGCAAGGCUUCCCAUGUCACUGAUACACCAGAAAAAGAAGCUAAUUUGGAUCUCAUUAAGAGUGUUUUGAAUAAGAAACCUAAAAUUGAUAUUGAAAAGGCAAUUUCCUUACAGAAACAUGAUGAGAGACUAGAACGCGAAGAAAAUCCUGAUCAGGGCAAAGGAAAGAAGGGUAAAAAGGGUAAGGGUAGUCGCAAAGCUGUGGGCAAGAAACCUAAAGGUGGUAGAGGCCAAAGAGCGCCCGGCAAAAAGCCUGCCAUUGGUCGCAAGAGAAGAUAAACCCCAUCGUCAGCUUUA